AACAUGAAGAGAUGAAACUACACGCAAAUUCGAAUUAGUCAGAUUUCAAUAACGGAUCAACAACUUGCUAUUUAGGUCUACCAAAAGUCAAAUCACCUCACAAAAAACCCUUCAUACUUCCACCCUUACAAUUACAAAGUACAAACUACAAAAAGAAAAGAAAAAAGCUUAGUUCAAUGCCAAUGGAGUCACAGUCAAAUCUACCAUGCCAAAAUCUACCUACCCUUUUCUCUUCUUUCAUUGACACAUUUGUUGAUUUCUCUGUUAGUGGUGGCAUUUUUUUACCACAAAAAAUCACUUCAUCAAACAAUAAUGAACCAUUACAAACAAUAUUCCCAUCACCUACACGUUUAAUUGCUAUAGGUGAUGUUCAUGGUGAUUUCCAAAAAUCCAAACAAGCCUUUAAACUUGCUGGUUUAAUUGAUGAACAUGAUAAAUGGUGUGGUGGUUCAACUACAGUUGUACAAAUAGGUGAUGUAUUAGACCGUGGUGGUGAUGAGUUAAAGAUUCUUUAUUUUCUUGAAAAAUUAAAAAGGGAAGCUUUAAAGGUAAAUGGUAAUUUAAUUACUAUGAAUGGUAAUCAUGAAAUUAUGAAUGUUGAUGGUGAUUUUAGGUAUGUUACUAAAGAGGGUAUUCAAGAAUUUAAAGAUUGGGCUUUUUGGUAUUGUGUAGGUAAUGAUAUGAAAAAAUUAUGUCUUGGGUUGGAAAAAGAUUGUGUUAAGGAUUUAUUUGAGGGGAUUCCUUUCGAAUUUCGCGGUGUUAAACCGGAGUUUUUUGAUGGGAUUAGGACAAGAAUUGCAGCAUUGAGGCCAAAGGGGCCGAUAUCGGAGAGAUUUUUAUCGAAAAAUCAAACAGUUGUUGUGGUUGGAGAUUCAGUGUUUGUACAUGGUGGACUUUUGACUAAACAUGUUGAUUAUGGAUUGGAGAAAGUGAAUGAGGAAGUGAGGGAUUGGAUUUGUGGGGUAAAGAGAAGAGUUUCGAGGGAUUUGGUGAGAGGAAGUAAUUCGAUUGUUUGGUUGAGGAAGUUUUCGAAUGAGUUAGCGAAGGAUUGUGAUUGUUCGACUCUUGAGCACGUGCUUGCUACGAUUCCAGGAGCGAAGAGGAUGAUAAUGGGACAUACAAUUCAAGAAAGUGGGAUAAACGGAAUUUGUGAUAACAAAGCCAUAAGGAUUGAUGUUGGAAUGUCAAAGGGAUGUAGUAAUGGAUUGCCUGAGGUAUUAGAGAUUGAUAAGGAUAAAGGGUUGAGAAUUUUGACAUCGAAUCCGUUGUAUAGAAAUGGAAAGGAGGGUUCUUUCGAUGCUAAACGUAGUGAUGAUCGUGUUUUGCUGCACCCUGAACUAGGACCAAAGCAAGUUGAGGUGAAGACAUAGUUGGGUGAUUGAACUCACGAAGAUCUAACCUUUCUUUUGGAAUUCUUAGGGAUCGUAGUUCUCAGUUGUUGGUAUGAUUCUUCUAUCAGAAAAAGUAUUGGUUUAAACUGGUGUGUGGUUCAGUUAUUGUGAAUUAGAUAUCAUUAGCUCAAUUGAAAAAUUGGUCUAACUACUCGAAUAUAAGUGAUUACACAAUUUAUUCUUUUUUGUUC